UUGAACACCGUCCACAUGACUUUUAUUUUGACGAAACAUCUGACCGAAGCCCACCGGAAACGACAUCAGCCUCCACUAACAACAGUCUCCAAACGUUUACAAGGUUUUGGACCAAAAAUCAAAACAACGCAGGCGGCCACAACGCAGAGGACCGUGUAGGAUGGCGAAUUACCGGGCGUUUCACACCCAACUCGCGACCAUCAUGGAGACGCUGACUCGCGCCGCGGUGGCGGAAAUCUGCGAGCUCGUGGACGACGGAUACGCGGUUUUACACAUCGAGAUCUCGCGCCAUCAGAAGGAGAACGAGGAGCUCCGGCGGAAACUGCAGCUCAUUGAGUCGAUCGUGGCGGCACGGGGGUACAGCGAGGAGAGCUCGGUAACGCGGGACAACAGUGCCCGAGAACCGCUGCUAGACCGGAAAACACCCGGAGGAGGAGAGUCGAGCAGCCGGGCCACAGCACUGGAGGUGCGGGAGUUUCGUGAGGAAGGAGAUUUGAUCCAAAUGCAAAUCAAAGAGGAAGGCUUCGAGCAUCCGCCACUGGAAGAUGAGGAUGAGGAUGAAGACGAAGGUGAAAGCGUCUCCGCAGCGACUCACGACUCUCCUAAAGCGGAUGUAGUUGAGUUGUCAGGACAAGACUCACACACACUCUCGCACUCUCCGGACCAAGACACCCACUCUCACACACUCACGUUUGCAGACACUCACUCUGGCGCCGACGAGUCUCAGCACUCCAGCAUUGAUCUGACUGUUUCUGAUAAUGCGUCCUUCUCCCUUUCUCAGACCGCUGCAUCAGACGCUCGCGCCGCUCACCUCCACCGAGUGUUUCAGGAGGACCUGUGCAUGAAGACGGACCUGGAUCCGGUUUCUGAUUGGGCCACACACUCAGUACGUAACACUCUGGCACACUUACAGAACUCUCCACAGGGAGUCGGCGGCUCAGACUCCAUUGUGCCCCAUAAUUCUCCGUUGUUUGCUGCGCAGAGGCUGGUUGCGCUUGGGAAUGUGUCUGGGCUGGGGCUCUACGGGCGUCUGGGCGCUUUACGCGGAUGCGGGACCGGCAAGCGGCAUUUCAUCUGCUCAAUCUGUGGGAAGAGUUUCACCACGUCUCAGAGUUUGGACACACACAUGCGCAUACACACAGGCGAGCGGCCCUAUCGAUGCGAGCAGUGCGGGAAACGCUUCACACAGUCCGGACACCUCACGGCGCACCAGACCGUCCACACCGGGGAACGACCGUACGAGUGCAGUCGCUGCGGGAAACGCUUCGCCGGGAAACAGUACCUGCGCAUUCACACUAAAAAACACCAUCCCGACCUGCACGCGCUCGCUCAACUACAGUCUCAAACGCAGCAGGACACACUACCCUCAGGGAGUUUGUAGAUAUUUCUAGAUUCUAGAGGUGUCUUGAGAAGAGUUUCAAAUAAAGACCUUCAUAUUCCAGAGUGUCAUUUUGUAGCAGGACUUUUCCCAGGUCUUUAUUUUGAUCAAAUUAAGCAGUGAGAUGCAUUGAAACACACUGAAGACAGCAGGCGUGCAAUAGCAGGAUGAUGUGAGCACAUGAGGACACUGAUUUGUUAAGCGUGAAAUGUGAUCCUGGACCACAGAAGUAGACUCGUGAUGCAUUUAGGCAUGGACCAGAAUAAGGCCGUACUUAAACCAAGUACAAUUGUCCUGAACCAGGCCAAAGCACGCUUGUCACCCCUCCCGUCUCCCCAGUCUACCCGCACUCACAUUACAUUCGGGCACGCUUAUAUCACCGAUGAUGCGCAGUUCAGUAAGCGCUUUCGCUCAGCACAGCGGAGAUUUCUCUAGUUAUAUUGUUUUAGUUGUUUGAUAUGCAGUGACGCGCAGUUAUAUAUUCCGCUGAACAGAUCCGCCACUUUUGAAGCUC